AUGCGUCAUGUAGAGUACCAGAUGGUCAUCAAAGAUGCUCUGACCCAAUCAGCUAUUUUAACACACGCCAAAAAAGUGUGUGAAUUCCAGAAGAUGGCGACCGCUCUGGUGUUGUCAACUUCAGUCCCUGGUAAUCCUGGAAAUGAAACAUGUGAAACAACCAUUCAAAAGAUUCUGAGUCCUGAGUCCUACAUCAAGCAUCCAUUACAAAACAAAUGGGCUCUUUGGUUUUUCAAGAACGACAAAAGCAAAACCUGGCAAGCCAACCUUCGUCUCAUCUCAAAAUUUGACACGGUGGAAGACUUCUGGGCAUUAUACAAUCACAUUCAGCUAUCAAGUAACUUGAUGUCUGGCUGUGACUACUCUCUGUUUAAGGAUGGGAUUGAGCCCAUGUGGGAGGACGGACGCAACCGACGAGGUGGCCGCUGGCUGAUAACUCUGUCCAAGCAGCAGCGUAGAGCAGACCUGGAUCGGUUCUGGUUGGAGACGCUCUUGUGUCUUGUGGGUGAAGCGUUUGAUGACCACAGUGACGAUGUGUGCGGAGCCGUCAUCAACGUCCGAGCCAAAGGAGAUAAAAUGGCAAUAUGGACCACAGACUACGAAAACAAAGAUGCCAUCACACACAUAGGGCGUGUGUAUAAAGACAGAUUAGGCGUUCCACCAAAGGUGAUCAUCGGGUACCAGUCUCAUGCAGACACGGCCACAAAGAGCGGCUCCACAACCAAGAACAAGUUUGUUGCUUGAGAACUGUUAACCAGAAUCAUCAACCAUCCCCUUUUCUGUUGCCACCAUAGAGUUUCCAUGAAUGUAACGGAAAUGUUUGCAAACUAAACAAACAUUUGAAGUGGAUAUACAAUUGCUUAUUUUCUGUUUUCCUAUAUGUUGCCACUUUAGCAAAGAUUUUGUUUAUGUUGAGUCUGUGCAGUUAAAAUGUAGCACUACCGUGUGAAGGUUGUUGUUUUUGUGGUGGUGGGCUGAAGAUGAGUAAAAAAUGUUUUGAUGCCCAGAUGCAAUUGAAUAUUUGGAGAGAAUUAAUUUAAUUUAUCCUCCCUUUAGUGUCAUUUACUUGAUAUUAAAGGCAUAAAAAAGUUCUACUUAAGUACAAACUGUAGCUCUUUUAGUACUGUGCAGUCUUUCAGUUUGACAAAUUUAUUUAAAAGUCACUUUAUGCUGAUGUUGAUAAUAGGAGAUAUUAGUUUGUACUGUUUGGUUUCUUGGCAAGCAUCUUGUGCAAUAUGUGUCAUGGGAGGAGUUGCAAUUUAGAUGUCAACAAUUGUGAAGAGCAGGGAACAUGUAUAAAGAUACUCAUGGUGUUUCAUAAAGAGUCGAGUUGACUUGUUUACCACUCGAAAGGUAAACAUGUCAAACCAAAUUUGAGCAGAUUCAUCACUUGAUAUGUGAGACAUUCAUACCUGAGCUCUUUAUAUACUUCUUCUCUUAUACACAAAUGUUCCAGAGCACAGAAGGAUGUCAGUGAUAAACAGCAUUUUGUAUCUCAGUAUGUCUUUAAUGAGGAUAUUUUCCAAAUAUACAUAUUGUUGGGUAUGUUUUAUUUUCUUGUAAGUGCACAGGCCAGUACAGUGUGCAAUGUUCAGUUAGCUACUGCGUUGAUGACGUUUACAUAGUAUAUUUAUUUCCACUCCAGAUUUUAUUUUGUAUGUGGCAUAAGUGCAAAUGUCAUGUUUUGGAGGGAUUGAACUGUGCCUUGGAUGUUACACCCUGUCCCAUAUUUCUCAGCAGUAAAUGUACAAAGGAGUGAUGUAAAUAAACAUGUACAGUGAAGCGA